AAGUUAACACUAAAAAAAAACAUUGUGAAGACAGCCUAAGAGCAAAUUUUUAAAAAAUCGAUCUACCCAACCCUGAUAUACGUUUAGAAAUGUUGCGGCCGGAAAUUUGCGCCUAAUUAUUAAAAUUCACCAUGGAGGUGACAUUAAAACGUUUAACUGCUGAUGGUAAUUUUGCAAAUGAAGUUUUAUUUUUAAAUCAGCAAAAAUCGUAUUCAUUUGGACGAAUGUCAAAAAAUGAUGUUGUCCUAUUUGCACCAACAGUAUCAAAUCAUCAUUGUAUUUUUCAUCACAAUUCAAAUGGUUUCUUUGUUGAAGUAUUGGAGAGUUGGGCGGGUGUUAUUGUUAAUGGGACAAAACAUACAAAUGGUUCGACGGUUCAUUUAAAAAAUGACGAUGUCAUCUCAAUUGGACCUUUAUUUAAAUACAAAAUUGAAAUUAAGCCACAAACUGUAAACAAUGAAAUUGAACAACAUUUUACAUCCGAUUUUGAAACCGAUUACGAAAGUAUCAAAGAAGAAGAUACAGAAAAUGAGGACACAGAUUGUGAAGAAGCUCAAAAUUUCGAGUUGGAAACAUCGGAUGAAAUAAAAGAGGAAUUAAACGAAAGCGAAAGAGAGGAAAUUACAUCGCAACAAAUUCAUUCAGCAAUGGAAAUAUCAUUUGAAGAAGAUGAAGAUAAACCAUUGUUAAUGAAUUUAACGAUUGACAAUUCAUUGCAAUCAAAAAUUAUCGACGACAAUAAUGAUUCUUUGAAAAAAGGAGAAAAUUCCAAUUUAGAGAAAAAAAUCUCACAAUCCAUUAAUCGUCGACGUGUGUCAAUGGAAAAAUUAUCAUCAACAAAAAACAAAUUUUUCAAUAAUUUGAAAAAUAAUAAAAUUUCAUCACCAAAUAAAGAGAAAAAUGAAAUUUCCAAAGAAACAAAAAUUUCCCAAGAAAAUGAAAUUACUGAAAUAAAUGAAUGUGCCAAAGAAAAUCAAAUUUUCGAAAAAAACAAUGAAACUUCUACAAAUGAAAAUGAAAUUUUCCCAAAUAAUGACGAAUUAACAAUUCAUGAAAAUCAAAUACCAAAAAAAAUCCCACAAAAUCAAAUUCCAUUCAUAGAUAAAAAUUUACAAGAAAAACCAAAAACAAAUAAUAAAAAUAAAAAUUCCCCAACAACAAAAAAUGAAUCGAAUAAAGAAAAUAAUUUUCAAUUAAAAGAAAAUCUUGAAAAGUCACCGGAAAAUUCCAAUGAAACAUCAUUUCAACCAUUUAUAAAUCUCGAACGUUAUAAUUUAAAAAAUAAAAAUGAAUCCCCUUUAAAAAAAUUAAAAGCGCGUACAAAACGUAAAAAAGACUUAUUACAACAACAAAGUAUUCGUAAAUGGGUGAGAAAUCCAUUUGCACAAAAAAAAAUUAAUUUUCGUGAAGUUAAAAUUGUUCUCGAACGUUUAACAAUUGACACGCAAAAUUUGUCCUCCAUUGAAAUGGGGGAAAAAAAUACACCACCGCCGACAAUAAAGAAAGAUGAAAAAUUGGAAAAUUCCCCUAAAAUCGAAUUGAAAAAAAAAACUAAUGAAGAAAAAGUGGAAUCAGAAAAAUUCAUUGAAAAAAGAGAAAAAAAAGAGAAAAAUUUUAAUAGAAAAAAAAUAAAAGAAGUGAAAAAUUUGAAUAUAAAUUUUGAAAAAAAAAUUGAAUUAAAAAAGAAAGGAGAAAAAUUAGAGAAGAAUAAAAAUAAUUUGAAUUUAUUGGAAAAACAACUUCGUGUUUCGUUAACGGAUAUAAUGAAAGAUUUAACUUCAAUGAAAAUAUCUCCUUCGAAUAAUAAUAAUAAUAAUUUAUCGCAAACAAUUAAUAUCUCGUCAUUUGAUACAUUUCUUUCGGAUAAUUUAACAAAAAAAUUAUCAUCUACAAAAAAAAUUUCCCCAAUGAAGAAACAUUCCUCUUUGACAAUAAAAAAAUUGCAAAAUCAAAUUCCAACGAGAAAUAAUUUAUUAACGAAAUAUUUUCCCGUCUCGCCGUUAAAGAAACUUUCUACCUUAUCUUCUGAUGGUAAAAAAAAUGGUAACGAUAAUGAUGAUGAUGAUAAUGAUAAUGAUAAAGAUUAUGAUUAUAAUGAAGAUAAUGAUACUGAUAAUGAUAGUGAAAAUAGUAAUGUAAAUGCUGAACCAAAAGUAAUUGAAAAAACCCCAUCAGGAAGAUUAAAAUGUCCAAAAUGUCCAAAAUCAUCAAUAGGUCCAAGACAAUAUGAACGACAUUUAUUAACACAUGAAGAAAAACGUUUUAAAUGUUCAUAUUGUGAUAAAAAAAUUGCAAGUAAAUCAUAUUUACAGGAACAUGAAAAAUCACAUCGCAAUGAACGUCCAUUUAAAUGUAAAAAAUGUAAUAAAAGUUAUGUGGUAGAACGUAAUUUAAAAUCACAUCAAUUAUCACAUUUAAAAGAACGUAAAUUUAUAUGUGAUAUUUGUAAACAUACAUUUAGAUCAAAAAAAGAUAUUGCCGCACAUAUAAGAAUACAUUUGGGCACUAAAAGAAUGCAAUGUAAAAUAUGUAAAAAAAUAUUGGCACACAAACAUUCUUAUCAAUAUCAUAUGCAAACACAUAAUAAUAAAGAAAAAACAGUUGCAUGUAUAUAUAAGGAUUGUAAAAAAUUAUUUACAAGACAAAUUGAUAUGCAACAUCAUCUUAAAUCACAUGAAAAUCUUAAGGAAUUUAAAUGUUCAUAUUGUGAGAAUUGUUAUAAUUAUCGUAGUGCACUUGAUCGACAUGUUAAAUUAACUCAUACAUUUGUUGGAAUUUAUCAAUGUAAUUAUUGUGAUAAAAAAUUUCCCUCUAAGUCAAUUUUGGAGAUACAUUUGAGAAUGCAUACUGGAGAACGACCAUUUCCUUGUCAGGUAUGCGAUAAAAAGCUGAGAGACGAAAAAACAUUACAAGUACACAUGAAAUCGCAUAAAAAAAAAUUGACCUGCAACGAAUGCAAUGAAAUGUUUACUGGUAAAUUUUCAUUGAGACGUCAUUUAAGAAUACAUUUUCCAAAAGAAAAAAAUUUAUGUCCCUAUUGUCAAUGGGAAUUUAAAAAGCCAUCGGCAUUAAUUAAUCAUAUACGCACUCAUACUGGUGAAAAACCAUUUCAUUGUAAUAUUUGUGAUAAAAAAUAUGCAAUUAAAGGUGAUCUUACAUGUCACAUGUAUAUGCAUACUGGUAAUUAUCCAUAUAAAUGUAAAAAAUGUCAUAAGGGCUAUGAAAAGGAAAGACUACUUAAAAUGCAUUAUCGUAAACAUACUGGUAAAAUGCCAUUUAAUUGUUUAUUAUGUCAAUUUUCAUUUAGAUAUAAAGCAUCAUUGACAAUUCAUUAUUCAAAACAUUUAUCAAAUGUAAGAAAAUGUGAUAUUUGUAAAUUAGAUUUUCGUGCUAAAAUAACAUUUAAUCGUCAUUUAAAAUUACAUAAACAAUUAAAGGGCAUCUAUAAUUGUACUGUUUGUGAAAAGAAAUUUAAAUUACAAAAUGAUCUUGUUGAACAUUCGAAGAAAAUGAUUGAAAGACUCGGUAAAUGUUCAAGUAAAUGAGAAAUUUUAUUUUUUUUUUUAAAUAUUUUUUUAGAGAGUUUAUUUUUUAGUUUUCUCCACAUUUUGUGUGGAGCGGCCGUAAGAAAAAUAAGUGUACAAGUUUCCAAAUUAAGUACUAUUUUUUAUAUUUUAUAUAGAAUUAUAUAUCUUUUUCUUUACUGAUCACAUUUACGAACGUCAGUACUUGUGAUUUAGAUAAAUAGUUUUUUUUUAUAGUUGAUUAUAUACAAAAUAUUUUGGCAUUUUAUUUUUUGUGACUUUAGUUUAUUUCAUAAAUUUUUAUAGAUAAUAAUUUUAUUUUUUGAUUGCAAAUUUUUGAAUAAUUUUUCGCACUGUAUAAAUAUUAAGAAAAAA